AUGGAACCCCCCGCCAGGCGACGCAUCAUCCUCAAUGCAUUCGACAUGUUUACUCCGAGCCACUUGUGCUUCGGCCAGUGGCGCAGAGGCGAAGACGAGGUCGCCGACAAGUUUGGGGAUCUCGGUUACUGGACCAGUCUUGCACAGACGCUUGAACGCGGAGACAUCAACGCGUUGAUCUUGGCCGAUACCUUUGGUCAACAUGAUGUUUACAAGGGAAGCGCGGAACCGACAAUACGGACGAGUUGUCAGUUUCCCAUGGGUGACCCGGUGAUACCAGUGACCGCGAUGGCGGCUGUGACAAAAAAUCUUGGGUUCAUCGUAACGACCAGUACGAGUUAUGAGGCACCAUUUGUGGUUGCAAAAAGGUUCUCGACCCUCGAUCAUCUCACAAAGGGACGUUUUGGUUGGAACAUUGUCACUUCUUUCAAAGAAUCCGCUGCCAAGGCCGUCGGAGUUCCUUAUGUUGAGCACGACGAGAGGUACGCCGCUGCUGACGAAUACAUGGAGUUGCUCUACAAAAUAUGGGAGGGCUCUUGGGCAGAUGAUGCUCUGAAGAAAGAUGCGAAGAACAAUAUAUACGCGGAUCCUAGUCGCAUUCGUUGGAUCAAGCAUCAUUCGGCAAGAUUCAAUGUGGACGCCCCUCACAUUUUGCACCCCUCGCCUCAAAGAACUCCGUUUCUACUUCAGGCGGGUACAUCGCCCGCCGGUAUAGCUUUUGCUGCGAAACAUGCUGAAGCCAUCAUGAUUUCGGGGCUAUCGCCUCACAUCCUAGCGCCACGCGUAGCCGCUAUCCGCGAAAAGGCAGCCGAGGCUGGUCGUGACCCUCGCAGUGUGAAGGUGUUUGCUGUCAUCACGCCAAUAAUUGGCCGGACAGAUGAAGAAGCUGGUGCAAAAUACCAGAAAGCCUUGGAGUAUGCUAGCUUUGAGCCUGGUCUUGCAUUCUUCUCAGGAAACGCUGGGAUAGACCUCGCCAAGUAUGAUCUUGAUGUGGAAAUCAAACCAGACGAUGCCACAGUCGACGGGAGGGUACACUCCUUGGUGAGCAGUCUCAAAUAUCGUGGCGAUGACAUUCCAGCGUGGACGCCUCGUAAUAUCGGAAAGGCCAUGGCAAUCGGCGGAAAUGGGCCAGUGCCGGUCGGUUCGGCAGCCCGCGUUGCUGACUUCCUCGAGGAGUGGGUAAAAAUUGCAGACUUGGAUGGUUUCAACGUGGGGCAUGUUACAAGUCCUGGGAGUUUCGAGGAUCUUGUAGAUUUGCUGGUACCUGAGCUCCGUCGAAGAGGGCUAUAUGGACUCGCGGAAGAUGGUGUUACGUUGCGUGAGAGGAUCUAUGGUGCUGAUCAGAAACAUCUCCGUAACGACCAUGUUGGAAGUCGAUACACGUAUGGAUAA